GAAAUUUAAUAGAAUUUCGAUAUCAUGGAAAUAAUUUAAAAUUUAUUAUAAUUGAAAUUAUUACAUCAUCAUCUUCACUUAACAAAAAUAAUAGUAAUAAAGAAAGUGUUGGUGAGCCUAAUGAUGAUUAUAAGGAAGAAGAAGAAAUAAUUUAUGAGGUCACAAGAGGAAUAAAUCUUACUAUUUUAUCAAAUAUUAUUAAAGAAAUUAUCGAAAAUGCAUUCAACAAUUAUAAUUUAUUUAAAGAAUUUGGAUUAAAUCCACCAAAAGGAAUACUUUUAUAUGGACCAUCUGGUACUGGCAAAACAUUGAUAUUUAAUGCAGUGGCAUCAGAAACAAAUUCAUACAAAAUUUUCAUAAAUGGUCCUGAGGUUAUUAGCAAAUAUUAUGGUGAAACAGAAUCAAAGUUGAAGAGUAUUUUUGAAAAGGCAUUGGAAAACUCACCUUCAAUAAUAUUUAUAGAUGAAAUUGAUGCUUUAUGUCCAAAAAGAGACCAAGUUAAUAAUGAAUCAAGUAAACGUGUGGUUGCCAUGAUGCUUACAUUGAUGGAUGGUAUAUCAAACAAAGGUGAUGAUAAAAAUGGUAAAGUGAUUGUUAUUGGUUCUACCAAUCGGCCCAAUUCGUUGGACGAGGCAUUAAGAAGACCUGGAAGAUUCGACAAAGAAAUUGAAAUUGGAAUUCCCAAUUCCCAUUCAAGAUCAUUAAUAUUACAAACUUUAUUGAAAGAUAUUCCAAGCUCAUUAACAAUUGAUGAAAUUGAAUCAUUUUCAUCAAAACUACAUGGUUAUGUUGGGGCGGAUUUGUCAGCAAUUUGUAGAGAAGCUGGAUUAAAAGUUAUAAAAAAUAGAGUUAGGAAUAAUAUUGAUGGUAAUGACGAGGACAACAACAACAAAAAUGAUAAAGAUGAUAUUAAGAUUACAUUAAAAGAUUUAGAGGAUGCGAUGUUAAAAGUUAGACCAAGUGCAAUGAGGGAAAUAAUAUUAGAAAUACCAAAAGUUUAUUGGAAAGAUGUUGGUGGACAAAAUGAAAUUAAACAAAAGCUAAAAGAGAGCAUUGAAUGGCCAUUAAAGUAUUCGGAGAAAUUUAAAAAUUUAGGUAUCAAGCCACCAAAAGGUAUAUUAAUGUAUGGCCCACCUGGUUGUAGUAAAACAUUAAUGGCAAAAGCAUUAGCAACUGAAGCAAAUUUGAAUUUCAUAGCUGUUAAAGGUCCCGAGUUAUUUAGUAAAUGGGUUGGUGAAUCAGAGAAAGCAGUCCGUGAAAUAUUUCGUAAAGCAAGAGCCGCAUCACCAUCCAUUAUAUUUUUUGUUAAAAUUUCGACAAAUAGUAAAAUUAAUACUCUCACCCAUAAAUCUAUUUUUCUUAAAUCAUACUCAACAUCGUAUAAACCUUUAUUUCCCAACAAUGACAACAACAUCAAGAAUAAUAAUACUAUUAAUUAUACUCGUCAUUAUAGCGGAUCUGAUUUUCGCUCCACAUCUCCCGAAUAUUACUCAGAAAAUCGACAAUACCACUCGAGCAAAAAAGCUAAUACAACGGCAAAUGAGAUGACUUCAGAGAUUGAAGAUGAAACUCACAUUACUGAUAUCACGGAAAAAAUGAAACGUGACAAUAUGGGCGAAAUUAAAGAUGCAAAAUUAAUUUUUAAUCAAUCGUGGAGGAAUGUCGAAGCUACCUUUGGGCGUGAAAAUAUUUGCCUUCCAAGAGAAAUCAUCUGGUUGAUGGGAGCACCCGGUAGUGGAAAGGGAACACACACAAAUUCAAUUUUGAAAGCUCGUGGCAUUACAAAUCCUGCAGUUUGCAUGUCAGAGCUUUUACGUUCGCCAGAUUGUCUAGAUUUAAUCAAUAAAGGACAAAUGAUAAGUGAUGGAAAAGUCCUUGAAAGCUUGUUUCGUGCACUCCUUAAAUGUGAUCCGUCUGUUGGAUGUUUGAUUGAUGGAUUUCCGCGAACAGAGAUCCAAGUGGAAUGUUUAAAAUUAUUAUACGACAAAAUGCAUGAAUUGAGACGUGAAUUUUGGGAUACACCUUUGAGAGAUCGAUUCCCUCGUCCAACAUUUAGAAUUUGUGUUUUAUAUGUUGACGAAGAUAUAUCAGUCGCUAGACAAUUGUUGAGAGGCAAGCAAACCCGUGAUAAUAAUAAACGAGUCAGACAAACUGGGGAAGGUCAAUUGAUGGAAGAACGUGUAACUGAUUUUGACGAGUUGAAACAUUAUGGCGCAUUAUUAAGACUUCGCGAGAUCUUUCCAUUUCAUCUGAUUAAUGCAGUUGGUACAAUUGACGAAGUGAUGCACGUGAUCUUGAGGGAAUUCGAAUACCAAAGCUCGCUUGAAUUAGAACAUUAUGAGGAGUAUGAGGCUGAAUUAUUUAAAAGGGCAAUUAAAUUCAUUGAUAAGCAAGUUAUACCAAUGGUUCAAAGGCACGCAAUUAGUGGACAAGCACUUAUUAGAACAACAUCUCAUGAAUUUGAAGAUCAACAUUUAGUUGACAUGAUAAUGGAUGUAUUGUCGGAACGUGGAUUUCACGUAAUGUUUGAUGAUAGGGUUCGUGAACUACCAGUUAGAAUUGAUAUGAAGACACAUGAAAUUAUUCUUGAAAAGUAA